GAAAGAGGAGUAGUUCCAUGUGUAUGAGUGCCACUAAGGGGUCUACUCCACUAUGAAACCUCAAAAACAAUUGAAUAGAAGGAAGCUCUGGUCACUGCAUGCUUUCCUCCCAGAAGGCGCACAUCCCCUACGCCUCAACUCUGCUCAUCAGAACCUGUCGGCAGCAAGAAACUGUCAAACAAAAUAUGGAUUAUUUGUUCAUCGUACUAUUUAUGUUCCUGCGAUUCUCGUCCACGACUGGAUUCCUUAUUAUGCAGAUGCCUAAGAAACUGUGUCUGACAACACACAAAACGACAAUUGUUCUUGGUAAAUGCAACUGUUCUAACUUGGUACAACAGUGGGAAUGGACAAAGGACAUGAGGUUGUGGCACGUUCAGUCCUCCAAGUGUCUGUGGGCCAAUCCAAGCAGCACGAUACCUAUGCACACGCGCCUGGCCGCUCUCAGUGACUGCGACGACGCACCUGCUUGGAAAUGCUACGACGAGAAGGGAACUGUUGGAUUAGCCGAAAAACAAAUGUAUCUAAAGAAACAAGGUAUACGUGUUGUGAUUCGACCAGACUCCAGAUAUUCGAAUUGGACAAAGUAUGAAGUCGAUACAGGAGGGAGGGAGCAAAUUACUGAUUUGUGUUCGAUAAAAGGUCGAACCACACCACCAGUAACAGUCCUGAGCACCCAGCCUUGCAGCACAAGGAGGCAGAGGACUGGACCCACCUCAACACCCAGAACCCUUGGCCCGUCUGUCAAUAAAGCCGCAACCGGGACAAACAACAUUAUCCUGACCCGCACGAAAAGGACUGCGACUGAAGGGCUCCAUCCUGAAACCUGGAGUGGCUUCACCGACGGGUCGGGCAUUAGCAACACUUCGUCCACGACGGACGGCAACUUGGACCAAUCAGCAGGUGCCAUCACCACGCACGCCUGGGAAGACAGGACGCUGCCGGCACACCGGCCCACCACUACUGGGCCUGAAAUAGAUAAACAGCUGUCCACAGCAGCAAGCACUGACACCGCAGGCUCUUCUUCAAGGCCCAACACUUCCUCUGACACCAACACUUCCUCUGACACCAACACUUCCUCUGACACCAACACUUCCUCUGUAACUAACAGUUCCUCUGACACCAACACUUCCUCUGACACCAACACUUCCUCUGUAACUAACAGUUCCUCUGACACCAACACUUCCUCUGACACCAACACUUCCUCUGACACCAAAAUUUCCUCUGUAACCAACACUUCCUCUGACACCAACACUUCCUCUGACACCCACACUUCCUCUGACACCAACAUUUCCUCUGACACCAACACUUCCUCUGACACCAACACUUCCUCUGACACCCACACUUCCUCUGACACCAACAUUUCCUCUGACACCAACACUUCCUCUGACACCAAUACUUCCUCUGACACCAACACUUCCUCUGACACCAACAUUUCCUCUGACACCAACACUACCUCUGCAGUCUCUUCAGGGCCCAAAACCAAGAUUGACUCAGCAGAUGCAUCUGCAACGGCAUCUUUAACUUUACCAAUAGAUGUCACGGCUACAGUCUCUCCCUCUCGUCCAGCCACUGUUUCCUAUGUGACCUCUGACUCUGCCACUACGUCUGGCAUAACCCUGGCCAGAACCACCAUAGUUCCCCCUUCAGCUACAGCCCUGCUGCCCUCUCCUACUGCCUCUCCUACUGCCUCUCCUACUGCCUCUCCCUCCGUUCCUUCUGCAGCUUCAACUUUGACACAUACAGUUAAACACACAGUUAGAACAUCCUCUACAGCCCCAGACGCAGCCAGCACAAUCUCACAAACUUCCAAACCGCAAUCUACCAUCACUUUAACUCCACCCACAACCCCAAAUGCUCAAACCACAUCUACAACGACACGAGCCCCAACUACCACAGCCAACCCAACAACCACAACUCUACCCACAUCAACCACAGCUUCACCCACUACAACUACUGCUUCACCCACUACAAUCACUGCUUCACCCACUACAACCACUGCUUCACCCACCACAACCACGGCUUCACCCACUACAACCACUGCUUCACCCACUACAAUCACUGCUUCACCCACUACAACCACUGCUUCACCCACUACAACCACAGCUUCACCCACUACAACCACUGCUUCACCCACUACAACCACAGCUUCACCCACUUCAACCACUGCUUCACCCACUACAACCACUGCUUCACCCACCACAACCACGGCUUCACCCACUACAACCACUGCUUCACCCACCACAACCACGGCUUCACCCACUACAACCACGGCUUCACCCACCACAACCACGGCUUCACCCACCACAACCACGGCUUCACCUACAACAACCACAACUCUGCCCACAACAACUACUUUGCCACCUACAACAACUGAACUGACGACCACACCCCUGGUUGAAACUACAGCAGUAAGGAAGUGUUCAGUUAACCUGACAGAGACCAGCACAGACACGGAUUAUAUUAUGAUCAAACUAUCUACAGCUGGAGAUGCAUGCAUCUUCACGGUGUUUUCAGAGGAUAACCGCACAGAAAUAACGGACUGCGAUCAGUAUCAAGAACACAGUAACGCUUACAUCUGUGAGAUCAGGGACCUCCAGCCUGGGGCGUUACAUCAUUUUGGAGUGAUAUCCAAGACUGACGGAGAGAGCGCGUUCGUUUCAGUGCGCACAGACCCAGUGGGUCCAGUCAGGCUGGUGGUGGAGCAGGUCCAGUCCCAGAGCCAGCCCGGGGCCCCAGGGGUGCGUGUGUCCUGGCCCCGCUCCCGGGGUCAGGUGGACUGGUACGACCUCUCCCUGAGGGACAGCAGCAGCGGGGACAUCCACAGCACCAGGGUUAUGGGCAAUGCUGCUCCCCAGUCAGGCUUCACCUCCCUCAGCCCCGGCAGCCUGUACGCCCUCACCCUGGUGGCUGUGGCUGGGAAUAAGACAGCCCCACCUGUAUGGGCCACUGCAGCAAUAGCUCCCUCUCCGGUCAGCGGCCUCCAUCUCUCAGCCUUCUCCAGAAGCCUCAGUGUUUCCUGGACGGCUGGCCCAGGGAGGAAGGACCUUUUCAGGGUCCUGCUGCGGGAGCAGGGGAUCCUGGUCAGGAAUGUCACCGUGGAGACCAGCAUCUCGUCCUACACCCUCAGCGACCUGCUGCCUGGAACCCUGUACGAAGUUACCGUGGUGACAGAGGCAGUUGGUCUGCAGAGUUCUGUCUCCCAACGUGCUGUCACAGUUCCUGCAGCUGUUUCUGACCUGCGAUUGGACAACAACGGCAGCCUGGACACGCUGAGAGCUUCCUGGGUCAGAGGGGAAGGCGGCGUGGACUCCUACCUGGUGACUCUGUCCUCCGGGUCAGCGACCAAUCAGGAGCGGCGGCUGGCGGCCAACGUCACUGAGGUUUUGUUCCAGGGUCUGACCCCUGGCACAGCCUAUCAGGUGUCUGUGAGGUCAAAGAUGAGAGAGCACACUAAAGAGGCCAAGGUCAAGGGAAGAACAGUGCCGGAUCGAGUGACCUCCCUCUCUCUCGUGGCUCUCAGCGACGGCAAAACCCUAAAGGCCACGUGGUCGCCCCCUAGAGGCCAAUGGGAGAAGUACAGCGUGGUGCUGUGGAACGGCUCUCUGGCCCUGGUGAACAGGACCGUUGGCAGGCCCACCCAGCAGUUCUCGGGACUAGUCCCGGGCAGGACCUACCGGGUGGAGGUCAGCUCGCUGAGCGGCCUGCUGGGCCACGCCGCACUCUGCCAGGCCAGGCUGCCUCCCAGGCCCGUCCAGCAGCUGAUGGUCCGUCACAGUGAUGAGACGUCCCUGAGUGUGUUAUGGAGUCGCCCAGUGGGGGAGUGGGACGGGUACACUGUGCUACUGAGGCCCAGGGCCGCCGGCCCGGGUGGAGCUAACACCCAGACCAGAAUGCUCGCCUGGGAUGCCAGGGAGUGCACGUUUAACGUCCUCACACCUGGCCGGCGCUAUGAGAUCACCGUGACGACCAGGAGCGGCAACCUGAGCGUUUCUACAGCCGUGACGGGACAUACCACUCCCGCCCAGGUGGCCCAGCUGCAGGUGAGUAACGGGGGCAGCACAGACAGGCUGCAAGCCCAGUGGCAGCACGCUGCAGGAGAGCUGGACUCCUACCGCAUCCUGCUGGUCCUGGACAGCAGCGUGAUCAAGAACGAGAGCGCAGCAGGCCUCACCAGCUCUUACAGCUUCGGGGGCUUGAAGCCUGGCGCCCUCUACAGGGUGGUGGUGACCACCGUUAGGGGCGGACUGGCCUCAAGGCAGAGCGUGGCAGAGGGACGCACAGUCCCGGCUGCAGUUGGCGAGGUCACUGUCAGCAACAAUGGUCGUAUGGACUUCCUCAGCGUGUCCUGGCGCCCGGCCCCGGGCGAGGUGGACAGCUACCUGGUCACCCUGAGCGACCGGGAGAAGACGGUGCACACGCUGGCCGUGUCCAAGACCAGCCCGUCAUGCGUGUUCAGCUCAUUGGUCUCCGGGCGUCUCUACGACAUCUCCAUCGCAUCCCGCAGCGGCUCCUAUGAGAACCACACGGUCGUGCAGGAGCGCACACAGCCGUCCAGUGUGCAGAGCCCGACAGCGAUCCACUCUGCCCGUGACGACUACCUGAAGGUGUACUGGCGCCAUGCGGCGGGGGACCUUGACCACUACCAGGUGGUCAUCAAGCAUAACAACGUGUUCCACCAGAACCAGACGGUGCAGAAGACCCAGAACGAGUGUGUGUUCAACGGCCUGGUGCCGGGGCGGCUGUACACGGUGGUGGUGAGCACCUGGAGCGGGCAGUACGAGACCAGCGCCUCCACCCACGGACGCACCUUCCCAGCGGCGGUGAGGGCUCUGGCGUUGGCGGGCCGCGGCACGGAGGAGCUGCGCGUGACGUGGUUGCCUCCGCCCGGCGACGUGGAUCACUACGAGGUGCAGCUCCUCUUCAACGACAUGAAGGUGUUCCCUCCCCUCACGCUGGGCAGCGCGGCCGGGGAGUGCCUGCUCUCCUCGCUCACGCCCGGCCGCCUCUACAAGAUCCACGUCUCCACCUUCAGCGGGCCCAAUCAGAGGGCUCAGUUCAUCGAGGGCCGGACAGUCCCCAGCAAGGUGAAGAACAUCCAUGUGAGUAACGGUGGUCAGAGCAGCAGUCUGCGGGCCAGCUGGACGCCCGGGCGCGGGGACGUGGACAGCUUCCUGGUCUCUCUCCAGCAGGGGGCGCGCCGCCUGGAGUCCAGGCCCAUCCAGAAGCACCAGAACCAGCUGGGUUUCAGCUCCCUGCAGCCUGGGCAGAUCUACAGCAUUACCGUGGUGGCCCUCAGCGGAGAGCUCAACAACAGCCUCACAGCCAACGCACGUACCGUCCCCUCAGCAGUGACAGGUCUCCAGGUGGAUAACCUCCACAGCUGUAGCAGUCUGCAGGUGAGCUGGGAGGAGGCUCACGGCGUUGCCGAGGGUUACAUCCUGCAGCUCCUGGACGAGAGGGGCGGGCUGUUGGCUAACUCCUCCCAGGCCGCCGGCACCACCCAGUACCGCUUCCACGGCCUCACGCCGGGCAGGAAGUACCGGGUCCUGGUCCAGACCGCCAGCGGAGACGUGCACAGCGAGGGUGUCCACGCAGACGCACGCACACGUCCAGCAGCUGUGACAGAGCUGUCCAUCCAGACCACCACCACCACUAGCCUGUCAUUCCGCUGGUCUCCACCGGAGGGCGAGUUUGAGGGCUACGACGUGUUCCUGUAUGCCGGGGAUGACAGCCUCCAUGACCGGCGCAGCGGUCUUCCCAGCACGCUGCGCUGCUCCUUCCUGGGGCUCACGCCUGGCGCCCCCUUCAGGCUGGUGGUGCUCACACGCAGCGGAGAGCAGACCAAUGACUCUGCCAUCUGGGCCAGGACCAUCCCUGCUGCAGUCACCUCCCUACAGGCGAGGAGCCUCAACCAAUCAGAGGCCCUGCAGGUGAGCUGGGAGCGUGCGGAGGGUGAGGUCAGUGGCUACCUGCUGUCCCUCUACAACCCCGACGGCUCCCAGCAGGCUGAGCAGCACCUGGGGUCAGAGGUCAGGCAGCACGUGUUCCCCCAGCUGGUCCCGGGGCGUCUCUACAGCACCGUGGUGCUCACGCACAGCGGGGAGCUGUCCAACAGGGCCGCAGCCAGCGGCAGGACCACCCCCAGACCCCCGUCGUCCCUGACCUUCGGAGGGGUCACCAACACCUCCCUGGAGGUCACCUGGAGCGGCCCUCUGGGGUCGGACUACGAUGACUUCCUGCUGCUGUGGGACCCAAGGGACCAGCUGGAGGUGAUCAACCCCUACCAUACCCGCACCUCCGGCAGCCGCAUCCUCCGGGGCCUGUACCCCGGCCGGCUGUACCGCUUCAGCCUGCAGACCGUCAGCGGGGGAGCCGGGGGGAGCCCUGCCUUCAGCCUCGCCAUCCACAAGAACAUCCGCACCAAGCCGGAGCGUGUGCAGAGCCUCCACUGUCGUCCCCAGAGCUCCACCUCCAUCUCCUGCUCCUGGGCGCCCCCGGAGGCUGACUACGACUCCUACACCAUCGAGUGUCUCCACCGGGACUCCCGCACGCUGGUGUACUCCCGCCGCACCGGCAGAGACUCCACCGUCUACCACAUCACCCAGCUGGACCCCCACAAACGCUACACCGUGUCCGUCAAGGCCAUCUCCGACAGCAUGACCAGCGAGGCCUCCGAGGACAGCGUGGUCACCAUGAUCGACCGCCCGCCCCUGCCUUCCCUCUCUGCCCGUGUUAGUGACAGCUCUGCCCUGGUCACUAAGUCCUCCAUCUUCUUCAAGUUUAACUGCAGCUGGUUCAGUGACGUCAACGGAGCCGUCAAGUUUUUCACAGUGAUAGUGACCGAGUCUGACGACAGUGAGACCCUGCAGCCAGAGCAGCAGCACCCCAUGCCCUCCUAUCUGGAGUACCGCUCCAACAGCUCCAUCACGGCCUACCAGACCAGCUACUUUCCUAGCCACUGUGCCCAGGGUCCUGACAGCGCCACCCAGAGCCUGGAGGUCAACCUGGGCACCGGCAUGGACAGUCUGGGAGGGACCUGCGACCGCACACACAACCAGGACCAGGACCAGGGCCAGAGCCAGGGCCUUGACCAGGGCCAGGGCCAGGGCCAGGACCAGGACCAGAGCCAGGACCAGGACAAAGGCCCGAACCCAUUCUGUGAUGGACCUCUUAAACCCAAAACCCCAUACAGGCUCAGCGUGCGUGCCUUCACCCAGCUGGAUGAGGACCAGCACGGCUCUCCUCUCUACACCGACACCUUCCUCUCCCUCCCCCUCGUCACCGAAGCAGAGCCUCUGACUGGGGUGAUCGAGGGCAUCAGUGCCGGCACCUUCCUGGUGGCCAUGAUGGUGGCCAUCACAGCUCUGCUCAUCUGUAGACAGAAGGCUCACAAAGUGAGUCUUCAGGAGAGGCCAGUGGUCCACAUGAGCAGGAGGUCCUCCUCUGGGGGGCACAUGGGGGUCAGGGGCAAUCGACGCAUUUCAAGCCCCAUCAAGACCCUGCACUUUGAGUCUCACUACAGCAAACUGCAGGCCGACUCUAACUACCUGCUUUCUGAGGAGUACGAGGAUCUGAAGGAAGUGGGACGGAACCAGCCUCUGGACACGGCCCUGCUCCCGGAGAACCGAGGGAAGAACCGCUACAACAACAUCCUACCCUACGAUUCGACCCGUGUGAAGCUGUCGUACGUGGAUGAUGACCCCUGCUCAGACUACAUCAACGCCAGCUACAUUCCUGGUAACAACUUCCGAAGGGAGUACAUAGCCACACAGGGUCCUCUACCGGGGACCAAAGACGACUUCUGGAAGAUGGCGUGGGAGCAAAACGUCCACAACAUCGUCAUGGUGACGCAGUGUGUGGAGAAAGGCAGGGUGAAGUGUGACCACUACUGGCCGUUUGACCUGGACCCUCUGUACUACGGUGACCUCAUCGUGCAAAUGCUGUCUGAGUCGGUUCUGCCAGAGUGGACCAUCCGCGAGUUCAAGAUCUGCAGCGAGGAGCAGCUGAGUUUCUCCAGGGUGAUGCGUCAGUUCCACUACACCGUGUGGCCCGAUCACGGGGUCCCAGAGACUACACAGUCCCUCAUUCAGUUUGUCAGGACAGUCCGCGACUACAUCAACAGAAGUCCUGGUGCUGGGGCCACUGUGGUCCACUGCAGUGCUGGUGUGGGCCGGACAGGAACCUUCAUCUGCCUGGAUAGAGUUCUACAGCAGAUGGAGACAAAGGACACAGUGGAUUUAUAUGGGGCAGUGUUCGACCUACGUCUACACCGCUCUCACAUGGUUCAGACUGAGUGCCAGUACGCGUACCUUCACCAGUGUGUGAGAGAUGUGCUCAGAGCGAGGAAACUACGGAACGAGCAGGAGAAUCCUCUCUACCCGAUCUACGAGAAUGUGAACCCAGACCCCCAGAGAGAUAUGGUGUGCACCAGACGCUAAAGAUUGUAUAUGGACUACUAAGGGGAGAAAGUAUCUAAACAUGACACAUGUUUGUAACAUGUUUCACACUACAGGGAUAUAUGGCAAAUUUAUUUUUCUACCAUUUGUAUUUUUAUUUUUAAGACCAAUGUUAAAACUCCAAUAGGUAACAUUAUAAACUAUAUUCUUAUUUGAAAAACAGAGCCCUCAAUUUUCCCAUGCUUUCCUCCAGUUUGAGUUUGAUUGACAGUGAUUUUUACAGAUUAAAGGAAGAAAGCUCAUUGAAGGGGAUUGGCUGGACAGUAGCGGGCUACUGGAAAUUAUUAAUUUCGAUUCCCAUUGGCCCUGAGCCCUCAGAGGGUCUGAUUAACUUGCACAAUAUGUUAAAAGGACAUGUUAUAUGGGACAAGUUUUGUCCCCUAUAAAACUUUAAUUUGUUAUUGAAAAAUCUUUACCUAUUGUACUUUUAACAGAAAUACCUGGGAAAUCUAUAUUAGAAACUAUAUUAUUUAAUUAUAACAGAAUUCUUAAUGUAACACAAUUGUAUAUACUUGCUACAUUCUUUUAUGUUUGGGUGUAAAAAUGCUUUAUAUUUUCACAAUGCGCUUUUGUACACAGCAUUUAAAAUGAUUAUAAGAAAACUGGCUCACUCAGACUAAAUAAUACGUUUUAGUUUUUUUUACAUCACACAAAAAAUUACACGAGUUUUGAGAAAAUUGAAACUAUGUUUUAACUCGUAUAUAUAUAUAUAAUGUAUGGAUAUUACUACAGCACUACUACUACAGCAUUGAUACAUAUUGUGUAGGUGGCGAUACUUUAAAACCUGCUUAAAAGUUUUUCAAGGAGCAGAUUUUAUUACAAAAAAACUUGUUUUAUUUUUUACCCUUUGGGUUUUACUUUGUGUAUAAGAGUUCCUGUAUGGUAUUGUCUCAUGGUAUCGGUGUGUAGUCUUCUUAUCAUAAACAUCUAUUUACCUGCCUAAACAUGACUGCGGUAGUAAUUGUAAGGAAUGCACGACGGAUUCUGUGAAUCAUAACCCAAACCAUAGUAUCGUAUAGUUCACUCUAUUCCCAAUAUGUUGUUUGAGUCUUUCAAUAAAGUAAACGAAUUAAUUUAA